GCUUUCACAUCCGGGCGGCUCUCUCGCUGUUCUUCACAAUCCGCUCCCCUUCCCUCCGCUCUCGUCCGGGAGGUCUGAGGCUGCAGAAGAAACCCCCAAACCCAGGGGCCUUGGUCGGCGUCUGGUAUCGGGGCACUGGGGCGCUGCUCUCCCGCACAGCCGGCCGCACAUGACGCGGGCUCCGCCGGUGGAGGUGCACGGCGCCGCGCGCUCCCCGUCGGUGCGACAUCCCUGCGGCGAAGCUGAGGCUAACACUAGCUAACAACAUCGAUCCGAACCUGAUCCGUACCACCCCCCCUCCUCCUGGUCCAGCCCCAGAUCCAUCACAUCAACUAUUGAUUGAUAACUAAAUCUGCAGCACCGAGGGCGAACCCCCACCACGACCCCCCUCCGACUAGCACAGGAAGCCCAUCCUCUGACUCUCCUAGCGGGUCACAGUAAGGCCGGACUGAGACUUCCUCCUGAUUCUAACCCGUUAUUCUGAGAUCCACGACCUUCCGUCUUCCUCUGUGGCCUUUAGGGGUCCGGUUUUUCUCUACCUCAACACCCCGAUGCCUCUUAGCCCCCGUGUGUAACCUCAACCGCCCUGACAGCCCGAUUCGGAUCUCCCCUCCCCCCUUCGAGCCGAUCCGGCACCCACUCUGCUCCUCUCCUGUCCGACCAGGAGCGCUGCUUCCCGGGUCCGGCUGCUGUGAGUCCGAUCCUCCUCCUCCGUAUCCUCUGGUUCUUUCAUGGAAAUCAGCUGACUGGCCUCUUUAACUCGACACCCACACACAUCCAGUGCUCGCUCCAUCUCCACUAGGAUCCUCUGCGACCCCCACAACCCGGCAGACCACCUCCAACGCUCCACAGCGCCCGAGCUUCGGGUCUCGCCAUGCCGGGUCCGGUGGCCGGUAGCAAAUCCCGUGUGUACGCAGAUGUCAACACGCUGAAGAGCCGGGAAUACUGGGACUACGAGGCCCACGUCCCGAACUGGAACAACCAGGAGGACUACCAGCUGGUCCGUAAGCUGGGCAGGGGGAAGUACAGCGAAGUCUUUGAAGCAAUCAACAUCACCAACAAUGAGAAGGUGGUCGUGAAGAUCCUGAAGCCAGUCAAGAAGAAAAAAAUCAAGCGAGAGAUCAAGAUCCUGGAAAACCUCAGAGGCGGGACCAACAUUAUACGACUGGUGGACACAGUCAAAGACCCAGUGUCCAGAACUCCUGCGCUCGUCUUUGAAUGCAUCAAUAACACAGACUUCAAGGAGCUGUACCAGAAGUUGACUGAUUAUGAUAUUCGUUUCUAUAUGUAUGAACUACUGAAGGCUCUGGACUACUGUCACAGCAUGGGAAUCAUGCACCGCGAUGUUAAACCCCACAAUGUAAUGAUCGACCACCAGUUGAGAAAGCUGCGCCUUAUAGACUGGGGUUUGGCAGAGUUUUACCAUCCAUCCCAGGAGUACAACGUCAGAGUGGCAUCGCGGUACUUCAAAGGUCCAGAGCUCCUGGUGGACUACCAGAUGUACGAUUACAGUCUAGAUAUGUGGAGCUUGGGCUGUAUGCUGGCCAGUAUGAUUUUUCAGAAAGAGCCCUUCUUCCAUGGACAAGACAACUAUGACCAGUUGGUGCGAAUUGCCAAGGUCCUUGGGACGGACGAGCUGUUUGGAUACCUGCGUAAAUACCACAUUGAACUUGACCCCCGCUUCAAAGACCUGCUGGGACAGCAGAGCAGGAAGCGCUGGGAGCAGUUCGUGCAGACUGAGAACCAGCACCUGGUGAGUCCUGAAGCCCUGGACCUCCUGGACAAGCUGCUGCGCUACGACCACCAACAGAGGCUUACAGCAACAGAGGCCAUGGACCACCCUUACUUCUACCCAGUGAUAAAGGAGCAGUCUCUGUCAAACUCUGACAACAACAUGGUAUCCAGUGGAAACACAACAGCGCGAUGAAACACAGGAGUGCAAAAAGAAGGAUGUCUGUUACCUCAACUGUGUACCAGGUUGUGACAGUAACUUGAAGUGUACAGUGACAAUGGAUCAAAGUAACUCUGAGCAGUUCCACACUCAAAGAUAUGUGCAUACAAAUAAACACAUUGACACAAAGAAACUUACAGAUCACAGCAAGCACACUCUCUCUGCAGACACACAUGCAGACCAGUAUACAUAUACCCUCCUCUGUACCAGCCUGCGGUUGGCUUUUCCUGGGUUGUUGUCAAACAUCCAGAACAAUGAGCUUGAUGCUGCUCCCCUGUUUCCCCUAGAAACCAUCGUUCCCUCCCAGAUCAGUCUCGUAGGUUGACAAGGACAAACUACUUUUUAAAGCAAUCUAGUCCCUCUUCUGUCUGUCAUCCCCCUCUUCCUCCUCUUUUUUUUUUCUUGCAGCAGCAUGGAGAAUGAACAGGAGUCUGUAAAAGUCUUUAUACUCUCCCUUGAUCCCUUACCUGCACCUGUUUACCCACGGGUCUGUCUGUCCCCCUACUUCCUCCCAUCCCGACCCCCCCACGGCAGACAGACAGACAAUCUCCUCCAGUUCUGAAAGUGGCAUGGUGGACUUUAAAUAGCAGGAUGAAAAUAAUACUAUUAAUAUUCAUGGAAAAUAAAUGAUUUUUAUUUAGAUGAA